AUGGCGACCCCCGGAACCCAAUAUAUGAUGCAGGUCGGCUUGGCCUGCGGCAUGUCCGCAACGGAGGGCAUACAAUCACCGCACCCCAAGCCCGUGGACCCUAGUGCCAGUGAUCCGGCACAUGUCCUACCAGAAGAAAUAAUACCAGAUCCACAGAGCCGCAUUGCUUUGCAUGGUCACGGUGGCAAGAACGUGCUUAUCCCGUACAUGAGUAUUGGCACAUGGGCGUGGGGCGAUAAGGCCACAUUUGGUUACAAUCCGACCACUGACCUUCCUAAGAUCCAUCAAGCAUGGACCAAACUGAAAGAAGUCGGCCUGACUUUCGUGGACACGUCACAGUCGUAUGGUGACGGUGAAAGUGAGCGGAUCUGCGGUACGCUGUUCCAGGGCAUGCCGCGCGACUCGUUCGUAGUGCAGACAAAGUGGCACUUGGUUGGAAACCUGAGCAACCUGCUCCUUCAGCCGCGCGGCCCCAAAUCCAAGCUCAAUGGGUCACUCAAGCGCCUCGGUCUCGACUAUGUCGACAUCUACCUGGUGCAGGGGCCCAUUCACGCCGGCCUGAUCUCCUCGGUCGCAACGGGUCUUGCGGAUUGCGUUGAGUCCGGAAUGACUCGAGCAGUGGGCGUGGCCAACUACGACACGCGAGAAAUGAUUGCAAUGGCUGAUGAGCUGGCCAAGACUGGCAUUCCGUUGUCCGUUUGCCAGUGCGAGUACUCGGUUAUUCGCCGCCUUCCGGAAACCAGCGGAAUGAUACGUGAGUGCCGUAAGCGCGGCAUCUGUUUCCAGGGCUUCGCAUCGCUCGGCGAGGGUCGACUCACGGGUAAAUACUCGCGAUUUGAGGAACCUGCGCGCACCAGACGCUUCAGUAGCUACCCAAUGCAUAUGCUCGAGCCUACGAUCGAAGUUUUGAAGAGCAUCGCUGAAGAGCGACGGGUGCCUGUCCCAGCAGUUGCGCUCAAUUACUCCAUCAACAAGGGGGUCGUACCCAUGGUCGGAGUACGCGACGCGGAGCAAGCGGAACAGAACAUGCGAGCGUUAGGCUGGCGAUUGACAGAAGUCGACAUACGUCGGAUUGAGGAGGUUAGUCUAAAAGGCAACACGUCUGCACUCCUGCAGCAUGGUUAG